CCCUAGAUCGCUCCCGCGGCCAGGUGGCGGUGGUGACGCAUGGAGGGGUGGCAUGGAGGGGCGGCAGGUCAGGCGCUCGUGGAGAAGCGGCUGGUCCGGCGCGUGGAGGGGCAGCAGGUUAGGCGCUAGUGGAGGAGCGGCGGGUUCAGCGCAGGAGCCUGCCGGGCGGCGCUCGGCGGGUCAGACGUGGGAGUGGCCGCUGCGGUCUCGCGUAGAAGGGAGGAAGAUGGCGGAGGCGUGCGUGGAGGGGCGGCUACAUGCGCUCGUGGAGGGGCGGCGAGUCAGGCGCAGGAGGCUGCUGGGCGGCGCUCGGCGGGUCAGGCGCGGGAGGGGCCGCUGCGGGCUCGCGUGCAAGGGAGGAAGACGCGGCUGCAGGCGCUCGUGGAGGGGUGGGCGGCGGGCUGUGCAGGUCGCGUGGACACGCUGCGCAGGGGAGGCGUGCCAUGGAGCUGGAGUCCAGAUCCAUGGAUUUGGUGACCCGGCCAAAUCAGAUGAGUCUGAACCUUGUUGUUAGGGUUCGAUCCUUCUUCAGUUUGCCUGAUGGGGGACCAAAAAUACGGAUGCAGGGUAGAACUUUGCCAACUCAAACGACUGUUCCCUUAUCUGUGUCCAAUCGGAAGUAGUAUGUAGAACACCCAACAAAACCGACAGCUCAGCAUCUCAAAUUCUAGCUUCAUGUCAUUAUCAACAUAUAUGCAUGUGGUUUCAACUUAAUUUUGUAUGUCAUGUUGCUGUCCAAAUUUCUGUCAAAUACUUGUUCAUAUUUUUAUUGAAAUUCUGCUGAAAUAUAAUGAAAAUAGAGGUAUAUUCACAAAGUUCUAAAAAAA